UUGACGUUUUCUCGAACAAAAGGACUAAUCUUUUUCGUUUUGUUUCAUCGGCAGGCCAAGCCUUCAUCAUCCCCUAACGUUAGGAUUGAGCGAAGAUGCUGCGAGUUGCAGGGCGGAGGCUUUUCUCGAUUUCACAGAGAUCAUCUACGGCGACCUCCUUUGUACUUUCCCGAGAUCAUCCCAUCUCCAAUGGAGGCGACUCGUCUUCCACCCCCAGAUCUGUUCCCUCUGCAGAUCUUUCAUCUUUCAACUCUUACCACCGGAGCCUUAUAAGAGGUUUCUCAUCUCAAGUCAUUACUCAAGGGAACGAGAUAGGUUUUGCCUCUGAAGUCCCAGCCACCGUCGACGCUGUCAAAACACCCAACUCAAAGAUUGUCUAUGACGACCAUAACCAUGAGCGUUACCCACCUGGUGACCCUAGCAAGCGUGCAUUCGCCUAUUUCGUCCUCUCAGGUGGGAGGUUUGUCUACGCCUCUAUUCUCCGCCUUCUUGUUCUGAAGCUUAUAGUCAGCAUGUCCGCAAGUAAAGAUGUCCUUGCCCUUGCUUCCCUCGAGGUUGACCUCGGGAGCAUCGAACCGGGAACUACGGUUACUGUGAAGUGGCGUGGUAAGCCCGUCUUCAUCAGGAGAAGAACAGAAGAUGACAUCAAGCUUGCCAAUAGCGUGGAUCUUGGUUCUCUGAGAGACCCGCAAGAAGAUGCGGUUAGAGUUAAGAAUCCGGAGUGGCUAGUCGUGGUUGGAGUCUGCACUCACUUGGGAUGCAUCCCGUUGCCGAAUGCUGGUGAUUACGGUGGCUGGUUUUGUCCGUGUCAUGGUUCGCAUUAUGAUAUCUCUGGAAGGAUUAGGAAAGGUCCUGCGCCGUAUAACCUGGAAGUACCAACCUACAGCUUCUUGGAAGAGAACAAGUUACUCAUUGGUUGAUGAAUAAUAGCACUACACACAGUGUCUGUGUCUCAGAAGAUACUUAUAUGUUUUUUUUUGUUUUUGUUUUUGUUUUAUAUAUAUUCCGGCUAAAAUUUUAGCCUGCAAGCUCGCUUGCCUCACACUUCGGUCUCUCAGAAAGUAAAAGAUCGUCUUGGUUGUGCCUGAAUAAUACAAACUUUUGUUACUUGUAUGACCGGUGAAAACACCACACCGUUCAUAUAUCUGUCUUUAUCGUUUGAAAAUAAUUUUUGUA